AUGCGACCCGUGCUGGUGGCGUGCAUGGUCCUGAGCCUGGUGGCGGGGCCAGGGGUUGGGGAUGGGUGCCAGGACCCCCCGUCCCCGUCCUUCUCCCGCUCCGUCCCCGCGCCCCAGCUGAGCGCCGAGGAGCUGCACUCGCCCCACAUGCCCGAGUCCCUGCGCUGCGAUGCCUGCUACGCCAUCGCCUUCCAGCUGGAGGAACAGCUGAGCAAGGCGGAGGCGAAGCUGGGCAGGAAGGCGCUGCGCGAGUCCGACUACGUGGAGGUGCUGGAGAGGAGCUGCUCGCAGAGCUGGGAGCUCUACGGCGUGCAAGAGCUGAACGGGGAGAAGCGGCUGACGGGGCCGGGGCUGCGGAGCCAGCAGCCCCUGAGCGUGGCGAUGACGGGGGGCCCGUGGCCCAGCAGGCUGGCCAAGAUGUGCCACAGCUUCGUGGGCGAGCAGGGCGAGGAGCAGCUCUACGGGGCGCACCGACGAGGCCCCUUGGCGCUGCGGGAGCUGCUGUGCCACGGCGAGAAGGGGCCCUGUGCCCCUCCAGCAGGGGGCAAAGCGGGGCGCCCGGCCCCCCCCAAGGCGCUGCAGAACGAGCUGUAG